AUGUCUAUCAAACGACCAUUAAAAGAGCUUCUAGCGGCCGAUGAGGACGCAAUGAUGGAGGACAAUGAAGAAAACGGUACUAAUAAUACCAAUGGAGAAGGCGAAGAAGAUUGGGAGACGGUGCCAAGUCCGGUAGCAGAGGGUCUCUGCGUCGAGUGUGGAGAUCAGCCAGCAGAGCUUUCUUGUACCGUUUGUUCGGAAGAUUUUUGUAGUGUUUGUUUUGGAUAUUUACACAGAACUGGUAAUAGAAAGAGCCAUAAAAUCGUCCCCUUUAACAAAGACUCGGUAAAAGGUAGUGCCAACGGAGUCGGCAAAGUGCAAGCCACUGAGAUCAAUGGCAAAGAGGAGACUAGUGAAGAAAAGGAGGAAGAAGAGGACGACGAAGAGUCUCUUAGCGCAUCUAUCCACGAAGCCAAGGGUAAUAUCGCUUCGUCCAGAGGAGACUCGGAUCGCCCUAUCACAUCAGCAGACUUACUACUUAAGAUCAAGGAGCACUCGAAAUAUAUUCCCAUGAGAUUGAAUAGCGAAGAACGUAAGCUUCUACGGCUCUUGGAAGCUGCGCUCAAUGUUUCUGAGUAUACUGAUAAGGUUGAUAUUCUUCUGUAUUCUUCAAAGGCGAAACGAAUGAUUGCCCAGUUAAAGGAAAUGUGUUCGAUUUUAGCAGGACUGGUUGUAGCCACCAACAUGCAAGCUGGUCAAUCGCUAUUUGAAGACAAGGAGUUUUCCGAGAAUGCCGAAUGGUUUCAAGAUGUAUUUGAAAUUGGUCGUAGGUACAAAAUCAUGAAUCCCGAAAAGAUGCGAGAUUCGUUUGGAAAACUCAUGUACAUGAUCAUGGAUUCCCGACUACCUGAAGUGAAAGAUUCCAUGGAGUUUGAUCUUUAUAAGCCACUUAAGACAGUAUUUGGCUAUCUUCAUCAUAAAGGAGGAUUGUCCAUGUUAGACGAUGAACUGGUUUUACAGGCUACUGUAGAAAUCAAUCCUGACAAUAAGUCCCGUGCCAAUAUUCAAGCUGAUAUUAGACGUAAAGAAAAGGCGAUUGAAGUGUUGGCCAGAAAAUACUCUGCUGGAACCAGUCUAACGAAAGAGGAUAUUAGACAGUGUCUUUAUUCGAUUGGUGACUAUCAUGCCUAUUUACGUGCCAAUAGAUAUCCAGUGGAGCAAAUGAUUAAGAUGCUAACUGAGCGUUUUGAUGCCAACCAAAUCCAUAAACAAUUUUCACUUGGAAUCUCCUAUGGUAAAGAUGGAGCUCGUCUCAGUCACAACCACGAACGUCAAUAUCACUAUGUCCAUCAAUCCCUGACCUUGUGGUCUCAAAUUAUGCGUGACAUGUUCAUGUUAUGGACCCUCGCCGAUAAUGACCUGCUGAGUGAAAACAACAGAUACAGACUGGCUGAUACCGGACAAGGUUUAAAUAGAAUCAAGCCAUGUCCUCAAGUUAGUCGAGCUAUGCAUAACAUUAUUCGCCGCAGUCAAGAGCGUACUGGUCAGUGGAUUGGAUCCAGUGUCGUCCAUCUCGGUGAUCAUACUGUCCCUAAUGCUCUAUUUUUCCUGGACAAGUAUCUCCAAGUACCACGGAUUCUCACACCAGUAUUCAUUGCUGUCAGCAACAUGGACCGUAUUGCCCGUGAUCCCUACGUACAUGAAUGGAUCUCGUCGCAAUUCGGUAGUGUCGAAGAUCUUAAAACCACUAUUUUGUGUGACUUUUUCCGCCACGCCUUUGACGGUUCAGGCGCUGACAACUUUUACGAUGCUGGUUCCUGUAUAGAUGGCCGUUUGACUUCUGCAUGGAAUUGGGCCAAUACCAUUUCUAAGAAGCCCUACUACAAGAAGUUCCUCGUCUCAGGUUUCACGGGAUUUAACGGAACUGACGGUUUCUAA